UCAGACCUUGCAAGAAGAAAAUGGACAUGGAACUCAAUCUGGGACCCUGCAAGAAAGGGGCACGAGCAAGUUGUAUUGUGUAGAGAGGCAAUAUAAAGACCUACUUGGAAACCGUCAAUCAUUCUCACCAAGCAUUCGCAAGGCAUCUCUCCACUCAUUCGGGACCUUUGCACCUAUUUAUUAAUUCACUAUGUUGUUUCCAAAACUUCUUGGCUCAGUUGCAGCCUUCACUUCCCUCGUCAGGGCCGUCAACCUCACUGGAUAUGAGUACGUAGUAAUUGGAUCAGGAGCAGGAGGCGGACCGCUCGCUGCUCGACUUGCUAUGGCCGGUCACAAGACGCUUCUCAUCGAAGCAGGUGAUGACCAAGGAGCGAACAUCAACUACACUGUCCCAGCAUACAGCGCGAGAGUGUCUGAAGAUCCCAACGUGGCAUGGAACUUCUUCGUCCGUCAUUAUGCGGACGAAGAGAGACAAGCGCUUGACUUCAAGACCACGUACGAGACCCCCAGCGGUGACGAGUACACUGGCCUCAGUCCUCCUGCUGGCUCGACGAUGAAGGGCACUCUAUACCCUCGAACAGGAACCCUGGGUGGCUGCACAGCACACAACGCUUUGAUUGCCGUUCACCCGCAUGACUCCGACUUCGACAACAUUGCCACCAUCACCGGUGAUGACUCCUGGACCGCGGACAAUAUGCGCAAAUAUUUCGUCAAGCUCGAAAAGAACGCAUACUUGCUUCCCGGUGUUGAAGGCCAUGGCUACGAUGGCUGGCUCGGAACAGAAUUCGCCCCACUCGACUUCGUCGUUGCCGACCCCCAGCUUCUGAGCUUGAUCGGUGGCGCCGCAACUGCUCUUUCCAACGAGACGAACCUGGUCAUCAACUUGGACACUUUGAUUGCUGGUGACGCAAACGCUGAUACUGAGACACGUGAUACCACGCCUGCCUUGUACCAGAUUCCCCUGUCUACCAGUGACGGCAAGCGCACCGGAGCCCGCGAGUUCGUCGUCGCUGUCCGCGAUGCCGUGAACGCCAACGGCACUAAGAUGUACCCUCUCGAUGUCAGACUAAACUGCCACGUCACCAAGAUCAACUUCGACGAGUCUGUUACUCCUCCCCGCGCGACGGGUGUUGAGUUCCUCGACGGCCAGUACUUGUACAAGGCUAGCCCGAAAACAAACGGCGGAAAUGGAACAGCAGGCUCGGCGACUGCUUCGCGCGAGGUCAUCGUCGCUGGCGGAACCUACAACUCGCCUCAGCUCCUCAAGCUCAGCGGUGUCGGACCCUCAGCCGAGCUCAAGAAGUUUGACAUCCCUGUCGUCGUUGACUUGCCAGGUGUUGGUACCAACCUCCAGGACCACUACGAGAUCAGCGUUCAGGGCCAAGUUCCGUCAAACUUUUCUUCUCUAGAGGGCUGCACCUUCACCGGAGAGGAGGAUGACGAGUGCCUCGCACGCUGGAAAGCCUCGGUCCUCGGAAACCGUGGUAUCUACUCCUCGCCGGGUCUUGGAGCCGCGAUGUUCUACAAGAGCUCCGUCACCGAGAACGAUGAGUUUGACGUCUUUGUCUUUGGCGGACCUGUCAACUUCCGCGGCUACUUCCCCAACUACGCCGUCAAUGCCACCUCUGCGCACGACAUGUUCACCUGGGCUAUUCUCAAGGCUCACCCGCGCAACACUGCUGGAACCGUCACUCUGCGCUCGUCAGACCCUCUUGAUAUGCCCGAUAUCGUGUACAACUACUUCGACACUGGCAAGGGCGACUACGCUGCCGAUGUGCAAGCCAUGACAGAAGCCAUCGGGCUUGCUCGUGAUUCUUUCAAGAGCCAGCUCGUCCCUGUUGAGGAAGUGCUUCCCGGAGCCGACGUGACCUCUCCGGAGGCUAUUGGCGAAUACGUCAAGGACGCUUCGUGGGGUCAUCAUGCCUCAUCGACUUGCCCUAUCGGCGCUGAUGACGAUGAGAUGGCGGUUCUCGAUGCCAAGUUUAAUGUUCGUGGAACCGCUGGGUUGCGUGUUGUUGAUGCUUCCGUCUUCCCUCGCAUUCCCGGCACGUUCACUGCGAUGUCGACGUACAUCAUCGCAGAGAAGGCUGCGGAUGUCAUCUUGAGCGCGUUGUAGUUUGGUAAAUACCCAGUUGUAGGAAAUUAGUUGUAUCUUAGAAGGGACUUUCUAGAGUCUGUAAUAUCAUUGCUUCCAAUUAUCCCAAGUCCGCCCUCCCAACAUG